AUGCGCCGCAGUUGGCGAGGCCGAUACAGGAAUAAUUGGUAUCGUGGCCGCAACUAUAAGAAUAAUUCCGAAAGUUCAAGUUUAAAUGAUUCUUCAGCUACCUUUCGAGCGGCGAGUACUUCAGGUUCUUCAAGAGCACCAGCAAAUCAAUUACCCAUAGUUUUACCUAUUACUAAUAGAAACAAUAUCUGGAAGUUGUAUUUUCCUAUUGAAGACCAGCAAUCAAAAGAAGAGCUCGCCAACCAUAUCAAUUGUUUCAAAGCUUACAUUGAGAGAAAUAGAAACCUGUUUGAUUUGGAGAAAAUUGAUCAAACUCGGAGUGUUCCUUUAGAUGUAGCAAAUCUUAUUAGUGAUUCGGAGUUUAUUAAUGGCUGGCCAACUUUUAAUACAGAAUUAUUUGAACACCCUGAUGCCACUUUACGACUCUUGGAAUAUUGUUUACAUGAGAAAUUCAAAUUUGAAUCUAAGAUAAAACUAAGGGUUUUAAAUCACCAACCUGUAAUACCAAUAGCAAAUUUAAAAGUAAAUUAUUUUGGCAAAUUGGUGACACUCAAAGGUACCGUGAUAAAAGUGGGUAGUGUGGGUCUGAUCUGCACAUCUAUGGCAUUCGAGUGUUCUGGCUGUCAUAAUGUUCAAGCCGUUGUUCAGCCACAGGGUGUAUUCACAGCUCCAGUAACAUGCACACAUUGUCAUGGUGGAUCUAAGUAUGAACCUUUACAGUCAUCGCCUUUCACCAACACAACAGACUGGCAAGUUGCUAAAAUACAAGAAAUUCAAUCACAGAGCUUGUCAGGCACUAUACCUAGAAGUGUAGAGAUAGAACUUCAAGGGGAUUUGGUUGGCACAGCUUGUCCAGGAGAUGUCCUGUCUGUAACAGGAAUUGUACAGGUGCGCGGUGAAAGCAAAGGCGGUGAAGAUGGUAAAAGAGCAGCAAGGCUUCUACAACUGUACAUUGAAGCAGUCUCAAUACACAGUCACAGAAACCUCAGUAAUCCCACAUUGUCAUUCACUCUAAAAGACUAUUAUGCAAUACAGGAAAUACAUGCAUCAGAAGACGUUUUCAAACUCCUGGUACACUCCCUGUGUCCUACAAUCUUUGGUCACGAAGCAGUAAAAGCAGGGCUUAUACUCGGUCUCAUUGGUGGAACUGAAUAUGACAAUGGCCCAAGAUCUAAUCCCCACGUCUUGGUAGUGGGCGAUCCAGGUCUUGGAAAAUCACAAUUAUUGCAAGCUGCUGCGCAUGCCGCACCAAGAGGUGUUUAUGUAUGUGGUGCCUCUGCGUCUGCGGGUGGCCUAACUGUUGCGUUAGGGAGGGAAGCAGGGGGGGACUUCGCUCUCGAAGCAGGCGCAUUAGUCUUAGCCGACAAGGGCGUGUGCUGUAUAGAUGAGCUGGAUAAGAUGAGCUCGCACCACAGCAGCCUGCUGGAAGCCAUGGAGCAGCGGCGCGUGAGCGUGGCCAAGGGCGGCGUGGUGUGCAGCCUGGCCGCGCGCGCCACCGUGCUGGCCGCCGCCAACCCCGCCGGGGGCAGCUACAACAGAUCAAAAACAGUUGCAGAAAAUCUGAAACUUAAUUCAGCACUCCUCUCAAGAUUCGAUUUAGUAUUCAUUCUAUUGGAUCAACCAGAUGAGAAACUAGAUGCCAUGCUCUCAGAACACGUGUUAGCUCUUCAUACAGGUCAAAAGGGAAAAUCUGCCGCUAAAACGAGUCUUAACGCCAGUAUAAACACAAGCCAAACGGACAAUGAGGUUUCUUUAAGUAAAAGAUUGCGACUGAAACCCGGGGAAGUAUUGGAUCAUUUACCUCUGGUAUUACUCAGAAAAUAUAUAGCAUAUGCUAGACGAUAUGUACACCCUAAAAUAAGCACUGAAGCGGCCAACGCACUACAGAACUUUUAUUUAGAGCUUAGGCACAACCAUCAAGGUGGUUCCCAUGAGGGCACUCCCAUUACGACCCGACAACUAGAGGCCUGCAUACGAUUGACACAGGUGAGAUUAUCUGGUUUUCUAAAGAACUAA